AUGUCGCAACGUCGUCAGUACCGUCGUGUUGUAAUUGAUGAUUCGUCAUCCAGUGAUGAGGAAACUAACACGGCUAACAACGAUAAGCGAAAGGAACUCGACGAAAGUGACGGUAAAAGUGACGAUGAAUUCCAAGAUUUAAAUCAAUCACUGGAAAAGCUAAAACUAAGUUUCAAGAAAAAGUUCACAUGUUAUGGACAACAAGUGAACAAGACGGAUGAUGAAUUAACAAGCAGUGAAAAUACUUACGUCGAGGACAGCUUUUGCGUGAAAGAUAGUCUCUCAGAAGUCACUUCAUCGAGUGCAUGGAGCGAAGAGAAAUCGCCGUCAGAAAAUCCUGAAAACAUACCGAGUCCCAAAGAAUCUGAAAAAGCAUCAGCAGUAAGUCGCUUUUUAUUUUUCGAGAGAAAAAAGAAAACCGCUGAUUAUUCAACGUAUUUCAAAAGCGAUUUCCUGGAUGAAGGCGAUGCUGAUGCGAAAAUUUCAACACUACUGGAACUGUACCCUGAGCUCAAAGAAAAUGCGGAUCCAGCGCGGUAA